UUUCUUGGCUUUAUAUCCUGGUCUCCACUAGUCUUUGGAUCAUUCACUUGUUGCUUCCUUCCACAGAAAGAAGCGCUCUUGCCCAUCAUUAUCUUGGACUCUCCCGAGAAUUGGUACGUUUCGGGAGAGACGGAUCGAUCGAGUUCUAAAAAGAAUCUGCAUCGUGUUAACAUCUCAAAAAUGGCUUUUCGGUGGAACUUCUGGAUUAUGAUCGUAACAGGGAUUGUCUCGUGUCUAAUCGCCAGUGCCUUAUCCAUGGAACCAUCGGACCAUGAGGAGCAUACAGACUUUGAAAGGUCGCGGCGAAUUCCAUACAUGUACCCUCAACAAUACCGUUCAGGGCCUUUCUUUGAAUACGACAAUGAGGACGAGGAUGAUAAUCCCAAAGAAGAGGAAUUGGUCCGUCAACUUCGGAUUCCUUAUUACUAUCCCAAAUAUGGUGGAGCUAUGAAUUAUUUCAAGCGGUUUCGCGACAACCCUCAAGAAAAGAAGCGUUCUCUGAAGAAACGAGGGAUCCCGUACUUUUAUCCAAACAUGAAAUACAACUUCUGGCCAGAAUAUAAACGCUUCAUGCCAGCUGCCCUGAAACGAACCACCAAACGAAAUUUGGGCCAGAUCUUUUCCGAAGACCUGUCUGCUUUUGGAUACGACAAAAGAUCACCCUGGGAGGACGAUAAGGAAUUUUUGGAGGAAUGGGAAAAUUCUUUGGCUUCAUCAGAUGAGAACCAAGAGGAACGCAAGCGUAAAAGGAAGCGAGUGGUCGUUUGAGGUUCUGGAAUGCGAGAGAAGGCUUUCUAAUGACAAAUAACGCCCUUCUUACCUUAUUAACCUCGUUAUAACCACUUCUUGCUGUUGCCCUUUUGAAAAAACUCUUGGUUGCACCACACAUAUCACAACCAAGUCAAUUAUCUCGAUUAGCUUACACGGAUUAUCAUUACGUUCUCCCUUUUAUAGCUAAUGCACUCACGGAAGGGACUAUUCUUGGCAAAGUUAUUCACUUUUACUUUAUCCACGUGCACAGUUUCAAAUAAAUCAGGCGGUUAAAUAAAACAGACCGACAUGGCAAAAA